AUAGGUCAGCGCAGUGAGGUCUCCACGCGUACACGUCAGCCCCAUUCUGUCUCUCUGUCUGUCCAGCAAGUUCAGGGUGUCAGUGCUUGAGGUGUCUGUGCUCUUCCACCACCAUGAAGAGUCUCCUGCUGAUUGUGGCCUCCUGUCUGCUCUCAGGUUUGGCUUCUGCAGAUGAGGAUCGUCAGGGGCUGAUCGGCGAGUCCCUGAUCUUCUCGACUCCCAGCGACACCAACCAUGUCCUCCUCACUCCGAGCCGAGACAUGGACCUGAAGAACUUCACUCUGUGCCUGCGCGUCAACACAGAGAGCCCCCGGCAGCACGUUCUCUUCUCCUACGCCACCCAGAGCAGCCCCAGUGAGCUGCUGCUCAAACGGGAGGACGAGACCACGGUCAGCCUGACCGUGUCCGGAGUCAAGAUCCCUUUCCUUGUCCGCUCCAGCCAGCUGAGCUCCUGGGUCCACGUGUGCGCCAGGCGCGACAUGAUGGCCAAGCAAGUCAUCCUCCACAUCAACGGCAGACCCAGCGUACGCAAGGCCUUGGAGCCGUCCAACCCCAUCAAGCCAGGGGAAGUGGUCUUGGGGCAGGAGCAAGGCAGAGUCGGAGGAGGCUUCCAGCAAGAGAAAUGCCUCGUGGGCGAAAUCGCUGACGUCCAUCUCUGGGACCACAUCCUGACCACCAGCACCAUCCGUGCCAUCAGCAUGGGAGACCCCAUCUACAGGGGCAACGUGAUAGACUGGUUGACCGUCAAGCACACCAUCAAGGGUCAGGUCAAGUCUCUGCGCACCACGUCUGUGAACUGAGCCAGUGCCUGGCAGGGCUGGGAUGGGCAGGGCUGGGCGGAGCAGUCCAGGGAGCUCUGUCGUCAGGCAAAUACCUGAAGGAAGUGCCAAGCUCUUCACAGUCCGAAGGACAGCUUGUUCUUUUUCCGCCUGUGAUGGUGUCAAUUCAACACCUGACAUCUGUUAAGAUCUAACCAAUAAAUCACCAAGAUAGCUCUCA